AUGGCCAAGAAGACGGUCUGCAUCGUCGGCGCGGGUCCUUCGGGCCUGGUAGCGGCCAAGACGCUCCUCCACGACCCACGUGCUCGCGGUCGAUUCCGGGUGACGGUGUUUGAGCCGCAACAGCGGGUGGGCGGGCUGUGGCCGAGCAGCACGGCAGACGCUGGCGGGCUGGUGCAUCCGCAGAUGCUGGCAAACCAGAGCCGCAGCACGGUGCAGUUCAGCGACCUGGCCUGGGAGGACGAGGCGGCCGAGUUUCCGCGAGCCUGGCAGGUCGGCCAGUACCUGCAGCGCUACCACGACCGAUACCUGGGCAGCCGUGAGGACGCGGACGUGAGGCUGGGCUGGCGGGUGGUGCGAACAGAGCGGACGGCCGGCCGGUGGCAGGUGUGGACGAGAGAGGAGGACGGCGGUGACGGGAGCGACGCUGAGAGAAGCAGCACGUUUGACUACCUCAUCGUGGCCAGCGGCUUCUUCGGGGCGCCGGCGAUGCCAGCAGGCAUCCGAGCUGAAGACGCGACGGUGCCGGUGGUACACAGCAGCGAAUACCGCAGCCUGGCGACGCUGUUCGGCAGAGACGCUGCGGUUUCCAGAGCGUCUACAGUGUCUGCAGAGCCUACAGCAUCUCCGUCCUCUCCCAGCACCAUUCUCGUCGUGGGGGGCCAGUUCUCGGGCGUCGAGAUCGCCGGCACGAUUGCCAACCAUCUCUCAUCAGCGGCCCAUUCGCCCGGUCCAAACAGCCUUCCACAGGCUGCCUCGUCCUACUCGGUUCAGCAUCUGAUCCAGCGGCCGUCUUGGAUCUUUCCACUGUACACGUCGCCUAUUCCCAAUAUUGUUAACCCGCCCUUCCUCCCCUUUGACCUCAACUCCUACAACGUCCGCAAACGUCCCCGGCCACUCGUCAACACGCAGGGCCACAUCCCGGUAGAGACGGCACGCAUGGUUCACAGACUUUUCCAGAACAUCCUCGGCACGGACCAGAGCGAGUACGGCGCGGCCGUGGCGAUGCGUGGCGACGACCUGCUCGACAGCCCGCCAUACCUUGGCGUCAGCGACACGUACCUGGAGCAUGUGCGAGCAGGCCGGAUCUCGGUAUCCCGCGGCCGGCUGGCGUCUUUGGAUGGGACGACGGCAGUGAUCAGCUCGUCAGAAGGUGGAGCGGGCGGACAGGAGGAGAGCCAGAGCGAAGAGAAGUUUCCGGUUGCGGUGGUGGUCCUGGCCACCGGCUUCUCGCCGGCCACGUCGUUGUCCUUUCUGCCCGACGAGGUCAAGACGGCCCUGUCGUUUGACGCGACCAGCAGCCGCGAGCCUGUGGCGUUAGCCUUUCACGGCUGCUGCCACCCUGACGUGGCCGGCCUUGCCUUUGUCGGCUUCUACCGGUCGCCGUACUGGGGUGUGAUGGAGAUGCAGGCACGGGUGGCGACGGCGCUGCUGGUGAGCGACGCAGACGCCGAUGCAGCGGCGACAGAGAUGCCGUCGGACGGCAGGCCUUGGUAUCCCGACACGUCUACGGGCUGGCCGGCUCUUGGCGAGGCGCUGGCAGCGGACGGAUCGAUCAAGCGCACGCUGGCACUGCGCAACGAUGCGCGGGCCUCGCAGUUUCCCAUGGGCGACUACAUGUAUCUGAUGGGCGUCUUUGGCGAGGCGCUGGGCCUCGAGCGGCAGGAGGACGAAGACGAAGACGGGGAUGUCGGCGAGGACUGUCCUGUGAUCGUGACGCCGGCACACUACGUCGUGGAAGGCGAUGACGGCAGCAGCAGAGAGGCGGCGCUCUCACGACGACACACGGCAACAGUGGUACGGGGCGGCCUGACACAGGCGCAGUUUGUAGCGCGAGCCGUCUUCCGCAGUCUUUUGGGCUGCUGGCGGCUGGAGCGCGAUCUGGUCAGUGCGCUGCCGAGCCAUCCGAGCGGCCGGUUUGUCGGCACGGCCGAGUUUCGGUUGCGGGCGACGACGGAGGAUGGACGAAAGCGAGCCGAAGGCGAGGAACAAAAAGACGAGGAACCAAGCGAGGAGAUGGACGAGUAUCUCUACGUCGAGGACGGCACCUUUACGGCCACGUCGGGCCUCUCGUUCCGGGCGACCAGACGGUACGUGUGGCGCUACAACCCGGCGACAGACCGGCUCAGCGUCUGGUUCGUGCGCACGGAUGAUGCUCAGCGCGCCGACUACCUCUUCCACGAGCUGUCGUUUGGGGGGCCGACCGCCACGGAGACAGAGCCCUGGCGCGCCACCGCCGGCCACCUCUGCAUCGACGACUACUACGACGUGCGCUACGACUUUGCCUUUGUAGCCGUCAACCUGCGGGACUGGCGCGUACGGUAUGCGGUGCGUGGACCCAAAAAGGACUACACCAUAGACGGGACGUAUCGAAGGUGA